UGAAGUAUUUCAAGUAUUAUUCUGUACUUCACAGUGACUGGAAAAUAAAUCGGAAUAUGGGUCUUAUCGUGUGUUCUAUGAUUCCGAGCUCAGCCUUCACUCACUCCUGCUGUAGAGCUCUGUGCCUUGGUAUCAGGCAGUGACGAAGACAGACCUGGGGUCCUUAGUGAGGACCGUGAGCUGUAGCGGGAAUCAGGAAGACGGCGGAGAACCAUGGAGGAGCUGGACGUGGAGCCGGCAGAGAUAAGCAUACCUGGAUUUGGAAAGCAAAACAUUGGAUUCAGCUGGGGACCAGGAGAAUUGCUUCUAUAUGAAACGCCUGACAAGAGUAAAGAUGCACACAGCAUUUUCGAAUUAAAAAAUGUCAGACGCUCUAUCCCGAACCUGUGUCCAUUCAUGUAUAUUGUUAGUAAUGAUGAAGAUCUCUAUUCUCAUGUCCUGCGUAAACUGUUUAAUGAGUCUCACAGCAUAUUUGUGAACCUGCAGAAGAGUGAAGAAGAGUCAUCCAGCAGGACACGUAAAGCAGAGCUUGUCCAAGUCAGUAAACAUUAUCGCUCAGUUCUGCGUGCCUGCAUGCUUGACAUGCUCUCAUUGAGGGAUUCUACACGUGAUGUGACUCAAAAUGCCAAAUACUCUGAGCAGCUCUCUAUACUGUCUGCCAUGGAGCUUUGCUGGAGCCUGUGUGAAAUACUCUUUGUUGAAGCUGCUACAGCUGGAUCCCUCUUGAUACUGUUGCUGGAUUGGGUACGAGCCCAUGUGUCUGAAGUAGACAAUAUAGUUCAAGAUGUGCUCCAAAGCGAAAGUCCCCCACAGCAUGACAGGUUUUGGGAUGCGAUUACUGGACUUGUUCUGCAAGGUCGUAUAGAUGAAGCUCGACAGUUGCUAGCCAAAGAAGCUGCUGCUUCCUUGGAAAAUAGGAGCAUGUGCAGAGCGCUGGAUGAUCUUAUGAAGAAAAUGCCAGUUCUUAAUUCAACGGGUUCGCAGACGCUGACAGAGUUUGAACUAAAGUGGCAGCAUUGGCAAGAGGUAUGUGCACGCCAUCUGCAGGAGGGAACCUUUGCAUCUUGUCAACAUAUGGAAACCAUAUGUCAGGUGUUACUGGGUGAUGAGGAAACGUUGUUACUGAAGAAGGACCUCAUGGCUACGUGGUAUCAUUUUCUCGUUUCUCGAUUGCUUUUUAAUUACCCAACGGUGAAACCGACAGAAUUGCAUGCAUUUGCUCAGGUCUGUUUAAACCUUUUUUCGGCAAGUGAAAGUGAUCCAGAACCACUAGACAGUAUCCUACUGGCUGCGUUUGAGCUAGACAUUCAUCAAGUCAUCAAGGAAUUUAGCUUUGUGUCCAACAAUUGGUGGUUUGUGGCCCAUCUGACUGACCUGCUGGAUCAUUGCCAACUUUUCCAGACCCACAGUUUAUAUUUUGGGGCCAACAUGAGAGAAUACCUUCUGCUUGAGUAUGCGUCUGGUCUUUUCUCGCACCAUAGCCUGUGGCAGCUGGCGGUUGAUUACUUGGAUCAUUGUCCAGAACUUGGUAGAGUUUACCUUGAACUUCUCAUAGAGCGGAUUCCACUGACUACUGAAAAGAAGGCGUUGAAGGCAUUGAGAAUUUGUGAGCAGAGGCAGAUGACUGAACAAGUUCGAAGUAUCUGUAAGACAAUGUCAAUGCAAGCUUUGCGCAACAAUCGUUUGGGUUCAGCUUUGUCCUGGAGUAUUCGAGCGAAAGAUGCGGCUUUUGCAACACUCAUAUCGGACCGGUUCUUGAAGGAUUACUGUGAACGAGGGAAAUUUUCAGAUUUGGACCUAAUUGACAAUCUUGGCCCAGCAAUGCUACUGAGCGAUCGUCUUACAUUCCUUGGGAAAUACAGAGAGUUUCACCGGUUGUACAAUGAGCAGGAGUUCCAUGAAGCAGCUCGCCUGCUUCUUUCGCUCAUGACUGCGCGCAUUGCUCCAGGUUACUUUUGGUUUUCCUUAUUGUUGGAUUCGCUACCCCUUCUUGAACAGCAGCAGGUGAUAUUCUCCUCGGAGCAGACAUAUCAAUUAAUGCAGUGCCUUGAGGACAAGAUAGCUGUGAUGCCAGGAUCAGUUACUUUACAUGAGCACCAACUUCAGGAUGGGAAUACUGAAACCACUAAAAUUGACAUGCUGCGUCUGGCACUUGCUCGAAAUCUAGCACGUGCCAUUGUAAAAGAAGGAACACUUCAAGCCUAGAUGGAAAGUAGAUACUCCUGUUGUGUUAACUGUACAGACUGUUUUCAAAUAAAACACUUUUUGCAAUUUUGUGAUCUCCUGUACAUAUGGCUCUUAAGGCAAAUAUCCAUGUCCAUACAAUACUUCCACAGUUAUAACAGGAAAUUACUAUACUGUUGUACUGUAUGUUAUAUACUAUUUUUUAAAACCAUUAAAAAAAUCUUCUGUA